AUGGCCUCGAACCAGGAACUGGCUUGCGUCUACGCUGCUCUCAUCCUUCAAGAUGACGAGGUCGCCAUCACCGGCGAGAAGAUCGCUACUCUUCUCAAGGCCGCCAACGUCGAGUUCGAGCCAUACUGGCCGGGACUCUUCGCCAAGGCCCUCGAGGGAGUCGAUGUGAAGGUGAGAAUGCAGCCAGCGUGAAGUCCCUGUACGAUAUUAUUUUUCAGAACCUCAUCACUUCCGUCUCAUCUGGAGCUGGAUCUGGACCAGCCCCAGCCGCCGCUGCUGCUGCCCCAGCUUCUGGAGGAGCCGCCCCGGCCGCCGAGACCAAGAAGAAGGAGGAGCCAAAGGAGGAGUCCGAUGACGACAUGGGCUUCGGUCUCUUCGACUAA